UGCACCGGAAAUACUUGUGUGCACAUCAGCCAACGACGGCAAACGAAGGAGGAACUUGACUUGUUUUCGCCUGUUGGUGUUGUUGUUUUCCUUACUUUUGUCGUCGUUUAAGUGUAUUACAGCAACCAUUCCUGUUCCUUCCAGUCGGACAGUAACCGUAUUUCACCUGCUAUUUCACCAAACGCACGAAGUAAAGCGUUAGCUACUUCGGAUGUUUGGCUAGCAAGCUAACGUUAUAGCAAAGUAACGUCGCCUGUGGGUUAAAGUGCUGGUCUGCCUCUGGACUGUUUCCGGGUUAAUUGUGUAACUGAGGAUAAAACACAUGCCCUACCGUAUUCAUUGACACCCCAUGUGAGCUAUUUUUGUCCCGGCUGAGUGCUCGGGUACCUGCCUUCAUGUCGACAGCGGUGCUCAUUGCCGCUGUGGUCGGCGGAGGGGUGUUGUUGAUCAUGCGGCGUCUAUUCCCCCGGCAGAAAGCCGCGCAGCUGCUUCGCUAUCCAGCCGACAUGAUGCGGGGGAAGACUGUCAUCGUGACCGGGGCCAACAGCGGGAUUGGAAAGGCCGUCGCCGAGGAGCUGCUCAAACUCCAGGCCCGGGUCAUCAUGGCCUGUCGGGACCAGCGGAGUGCCGAGGAAGCGGCCCAGGAAAUGAAGAAGCAAACCGGACAGGGACAGGGUGCAGUGGUUGUCAAACACCUGGACCUGGCCUCGCUUCGAUCAGUCCGCAAAUUUUGUGCAGAAAUUGUUGAGGAGGAAUCCAAGAUUGACGUGCUCAUCAACAAUGCUGGCGUCUACCAGUGUCCCUACACAAAGACAGAGGAUGGGUUUGAGAUGCAGCUAGGUGUGAAUCAUCUGGGCCACUUCCUCCUCACCCACCUCCUGUUGGACCUUCUGAAGACCUCUGCUCCUAGCCGCGUUGUGGUGGUUUCCUCCAAACUGUACAAGUAUGGUCACAUCAACUUUGACGACCUGAAUAGUGAAAAUAACUACAAUAAGGCCUUCUGUUACAGUCAGAGCAAGUUGGCCAACCUGCUGUUUACCCUUGAACUGGCUCGUCGAUUGGAGGGCACAGGGGUGACAGUCAACGCCCUCACCCCAGGCAUCGUGAGGACAAGGCUGGGCAGGCAUGUUCACAUACCCCUCCUGGCCAAGCCCCUGUUCUACCUCGCCUCACUGGCCUUUUUCAAGAGCCCGUUGGAAGGGGCCCAGACUCCCCUGUACCUGUCCUGCUCCCCAGAGGUUGACGGCGUGUCGGGGAAGUGCUUUGCUAACUGUGAAGAGGAGGAGCUGAUGGCCAAAGCUACAGAUGACCAGGCAGCCAAGAGACUGUGGGACAUAAGUGAGAAAAUGGUUGGGCUGACUCAUUGAGCAGAGGGCAAAUAUGAUGUGGAUGGUUUUUGGGGAUCCAACAUGUAUAUGAAUAAGACACAAAACCAACUCCGCAAUCACUGAAAAUACUGGCAAAAAGACCAUAAUACUCAAAGGGAUCUCGUUUUCAUGGACAUGGAUUAAUUAAUAGUCGUGACAAAUAAUGUUAGUGAAAUCCAUUAAGGUGUUACUGGAGAUGAUGUUUUUCUGGGUUUCAUUACUGGGUGUGUAAAUCAUGUGACAGCGAGCAUGCUGUGAGUGUGCAAUGUGAGCUAAUCAGAGGAUAAAUAGUGCUUUUAAUGAUGUGCUCCUUUCAGUGAUGGUUCACCACAAGCAUCCACAUUAAUUUGUGAGCACUGGGCAUUUAAGUGGAGGUAAGCAAGAGAAAUAUGCCAAUUUUAAAUGCAAAAUGUAAAAAUGCAAAUGCAAAAUUUUCAGAUCACCAGUAAAACAAAUUUAAAUGCCUAUUUUGUGUUUUUUUUUUUUUUUUUUUCCAGCCUGUCAUGACAUUAACUGUGUGUUAUUGCAUAUCUGCAAGGUAUGCAAGAAUUGGGAAAAUAUGAAUGCAAACAGACAUGAAGAUAGAUUUUCAACCAUACUAGCUGGUUUGCUUUACUCAAAGAGUGCUCAGCUGGGCUGUGUGUAUGAAUAGGAAACCUAGAUAGGGCUGUGCUUUCUUUGCCCGUAACCUGACCAAGAUACAUAUCAAGAUCAAAGGGAGCAAAGAUAUCUCCCCAUAGAAUUCAUCAAAGGGAGGCUGAGUUGUCACAUUUGCUUUCAUUGAGCGGUCACAUUAUUGCUUGUGUUGUGAAAGCCCUCAGAGUGGUUUGAAAAGCAUAUCUAUCUAGUUCAGCAGUUAUAUUUGAUGCUAAAUUUGUGCAUACUUAAGCAUGUAUUUUGCAGUGUAAAAAGGAAGGGAGGGGGUGGCUGGUAAUCCAGUUCCCUCUCUUGAUGUGUUUGAAGUGUAAAUGCCUUCUGCUGUGUCUGAGGAGGCAGGAACAAUAAAGUUGACAAUGCGGA